AUGACGGAUGAGCAACAGACUCAGACGGCCCAGAAGAUCCAUGCUACGAUCCAGGACAGAGACAAAGUCUUGAGACGGUUGGUAACAUUGAGAUGCGGAAAGCAGGAGUUACGACAGCUCCCGCUGGAUCCGACUAUGAUCCAGACAAUUCAACGGCUCCGCAAUCCGAGCAUCAACCCGGGUGCUUACACGCUGGAAAUCCAACCUCGGCCCGGAGAAGAGGUUACCGAGAAGAUUCCGAUAACAAUGUUGGAUAGUAGUGAAGAUGAGGAGAAUGCGGACAACGUUGACUCCGAUGACUCCACUCAACAGAAGGCAGCGGCACCACCGAAGGGAUCCACGCCGGAACGAGGCAGAUCGCCGAAGAAACCAGUAAAGCCGGAGGCCAAAGAGACGACCAAACCGAAGUCGGACUCUACGGUAAAGACGCCGAAGCCUAAUCCGGCCAAGCGGCACAAGUCAUCCGAUGACUUGGAUAUUUCGGAUGCCGGCCCACAAAGGACCGAGCAAAAGGAGAAAGCUCAACAACCGCACGACAAGGAUGCGGUUGAGCGAAAAUUCAAAGAAGUCAUGGAGCGGACCGGCACAAAGCCGGCUAAGACUUCAGGAGGUCGGCUACGGAACCCACCAAAACCGCCGACUCCGAUCGAACAACCCCAGCCCUCCACAUCUAAGCAACAGUCUGACGUAGAAUCCGACCAGAUCUCGGACAUCGAGGAAAAGGACUCAAUCUCCGACCAUGGAGAAGGUGAUCCUUAUGAAGGAUUUAAGGGCGACCUGAAAGAAAUGUUCGACCAUGGAGCGGACACUGAUGAAUCACAGUGGCCAGCCCCAGACGAUGCGCGCGAGCGUCUUCCGGACGAACAGCCGGAUGACCCGGUCGAUACAUUAAUCCGUACCGUCCGAGUACACGUCGAAAUUGUCAGGAGCAUCGAAAACGCCAGGAAAAACGGCGUGGACAUUUACCAGUCCUUGGUCCGAGACCUGUCCAACAACAUCCAAGAAGAAACCGAAGAUGAUGACGACGACGAUUUCCAAACACCUGGGAACGGAUCGCCGAAAGACGAUGACGAUGACGACGACGAAAAUGGUAAACCACCACCACCGUCGAACCCGGCACCCCAACAGCAGGGCGAACCGGAGAUACCGGAUAGACAACCGGAAGAGAAGGACAGCAGCGACAAAGCUGAAGAGUCCAAAGGCAAUGAAGACGAUGGUGGAGUAUAUAUCCCUCGUCAGUACGGUAAACGGAUACCGAUAACUCCUGACACUGACGAGCGGCCACUUCUCUCCGAAUGGAAUGAGGACACCAUGGAAGUGUUGCCGGACGACAUUCCCCCGUUGACCAACGUUAGGGUCAAAUAUACUGGCAUCAAAUCGGCCUCAAAACCGAAGCCGAGUGUAUCGGAAUACGAUGCCUGA